CCACGCGUCACGGUAAACAGUUUUGAAUAUUUUCGUUUAUAAAAUCCUUAAUUUGAGGCGAUUUCUACCCAAAUAAUCGCAACUUAUCCAACCCAUGUCGUCGUCGCAAGCAAGAGGCGAUAAGUCUCUGGAUGAUAGCCUUACAAAUAUCCAGUGGCUAUGUGAGUUAGAAUCAUCUGAGCUACUGCAGUCACAAAGAGCUUCGAAGUUGAAGGAAACAGCUGAUGAGGCACAUAAUCGUGUUACUCCCAGCUCACCAAAUCCACAUCCUAAACCACCAUACUCCUAUGCAACAAUGAUCCUUCUAGCGAUCAAUAGCACUGAAGAUAAGAGGAUGACGCUACAGGAUAUUUAUAAAUGGAUUGAGAACAAUUACCCUUACUACAAGAAGUGUAAAAAAGCUUGGAAAAAUUCAAUUCGCCACAAUCUCUCCUUGCACAGUUUUUUCCUCAAAGAAAAAAGACCUGUUGAUCUUCCUGGAAAAGGAAGCUACUGGUCGAUAUCACCCGAAGGCAAGAAGAAUAUCAUGAGGGAGGUAAUGAAACAUGCACAGCCAGUUAUACAAAACCCUUUGGUUAACCCUGGAUUGAACGGCAGAAAUUUAAGACCUAUUCUACCCAAACCAAUGGACAAUACUCCCCAAACUUAUAAUGAAGGUGUUGCUCAAAAGAUGCCAGGCGUGUGUUCAAUCGUUAAUGGGAAUACGGUUAUGCCAGUUGUGAUUUUACCAACCAAUGUCUACAUGGACUUGGCAGCAAAGAUAGCUAACAGUAAGAAGGCAUCCUCUGGGUUUGCCAUCACACAGGAUUCUGAUUCAACUAUUAGAGUAUUGAGUGAUGAGUAUUUUCCAACAAAACAACUUGAGAGAAGAACCAAUGCCUGUGACCAAGAGAGCGGAAAUGACACUGUGACAUCUUUAAUGGAUGAAAUUCUGAAAAACGAGAAUUUUUCUGAGGUUUUGGAUACCAUCAAAACAGAAAAUGAAAGCAGUUCAUCGCAGAUUAAUGAUUCAUUGAAGAUCAAUGACAGUGAAUUACAUUUAUUUAAUCAACAACAACAAUAUUCUGAGGUUCAGACUGUUGUAAAGGAACAUAAUGAUGAGGAUUCUAAAUUAGAGCCAGUAAGAGCAAAAAGAAUAAAAGUUGAGCCAGUAAGUCAAGAAAAUGUCUACAAGAAACCAAGUCUGCCAUGCCCAGUUCUCCAAGGUGCAUCACACCAGGCUCACAGAUCACCUUUAAAGGACAGAACAAUGCCUACGUUAGCUGCAAUGAACUCUCAGAACAAUGAUUCAUUCAUGUUUUACGACAAGGACUAUAAACAUCAAGAUGUAGGAUUUUCAUUACUGUCACCUGUACUGCUCAACACCCCAAGAUCAAACAACAACACUUCAAAGGAAACCUCAACUCCUGCUCAAACUUCACCUCUAAGCAGCGCGUUUCGUUCAGGGCUGACUCCUCUAAAGUACGACUCUGACAGUGGAUUCUUUACACCAUUAAAAGACUCUGACUUUGACUUCUUGUUGUCUCCAAGUCAACUACAGGUACCCCUUCAGAUCACCCCAGCAAGAAUGGUGGGAAGUACUCCACAGGGCUGUAGGAAGUCACUGCGUCUUGGCACAGUUCCUGAGGAUGUUGAGGGCAAUGAUGUCUUACCAUGGAUGUAAUGAUGCUAAGUCAUCUUGUUUUACUUUGAUAAUGAUGACAAAAGACCAGGUUUUUACAUGUGAAAAAUCUUGGCAAACUGACAAUUUUAUACAACUAUAACAAACACCAGGAAAAAAUGUCUCGAUAUUGCUUUCGAAAUCAGCAUACUGGUAUAAACAAGUGGUCAUAUUUUGCAUCGGAAAAUUUAUGCCAUAUGUUUUUCACACUAACAAAUCUGGUCGAUAUAGCUAGUCAGAAUAAAUUUUAGCUGACCAUUUUUAAUUGAAUAUUUUUG